UUGUCCGACCGGGUGGACGAUGAUCCUGUCAACCUGUCAUUUCCGAACGUAUCGGCGCAUGCCCAGCUUGGACCUGUUCGAGGGGUGGCCGAACAGCUAUUACUCCCACGUGACCGAGAUUAUUUGAAGGAGAUGGGGAGUGGCAGCGUGGCUAGUGAGCUCUUCGAUCAUGCCUUCUUGAGUUUGCAGAAAGCCGCCUUCCUCAUGGAGAGGACUGUUGCUAUGGAGGCGGAGCUUAGCGAGUUGAGGGCCGAGCGGGAGAACUGGAAGGGAGAGAUGACGGCUGUCAAGAAGACGCGUGAUGAGGCCCGUCAGGUUGUCAAGAAGUUGGAGUCUGCCAAGUUGGAAGAUGCUCGCCGACUGGAGCGGGCUGUAGCGGACUGCAAGGAACUCGAAGCCAGAGUUGUUGCGUUGGAGCAACAAGUACUUUAUAAAAGUUGUGAGACAGAGGUUCGAGUUCGGGGCGAGAUGGCCUUGGCGUAUCUCGAGAAUCAGCCCCCCAAGACUUGGGAUGUCCAACAAUACAUCGAUGAGUUUAAUGAGUGGAAGGCUGGCAAGGAGGAGCAGGAGAUGCAGCUUGCAAGCAACUUUGCCGGGAUGACCACUGGAGACGACCAUCCUUAGACGGGGAAGCGACUUCUUGAAGCGGGGAAGAGAUGUCUUGUUAUUUUUCUCGCACUGUUUGAAACUUGACUAUUUGACUAACUGUUCGUAUUGGUAUGCCUCCAGCUUGAACUUUAGACCAUUGGGUCGGUUCAAGCUGUCUAUUAUAUUAUGAUGUUUUGUUUGUGAACUCUUGGGAAAUCAGCAUUGUUGGCUAGA